CCUCAUAUAUAUACACCCUGGAGAUGAAUCCUUCCCACUGUCAUCGGCCACUGCUGCAGUCCUCGACUCUCUGUCUUGUCAUAGGCUGUGAAGAUAAGACACCACCAACAUGUCUGAGAAGAAAAUGUCCUCGAGCCGCAGGCAUCAUCUGAAGAGUUUGAUGCUGCAGAUCGCAGCCAACUGGAUUGAAAAGGAGAAAAAAGAGAUUGCAGCCACCAAAGAGGCUUACAUGGCUGAGCAUUGUCCAGCACCCAGCCUUAGUGGAGACCAGGCUGCCCUCAUGGAAACCUGCAAAAAGCUACACGCCCUCAUCGACAAAGUGGAUGAAGAGAGGUACGACCUGGAGGCCAAAGUGGGCAAGGCUGACAAAGAGAUUGAUGACCUGAAGAUCAAAGUGGUCGACUUGGCCGGAGUGAAGAAACCUGCUCUGAAGAAAGUUCGUAUGUCAGCUGACGCCAUGCUGAAAGCUCUGCUUGGCUCCAAACAUACAGUCAAUAUGGACCUGAGGGCCAACCUGAAGCAGGUCAAGAAGGAGGUCAAAGAGGAGCCUUCAGAGGCGGUCGGUGACUGGCGUAAGAACAUUGAGGACAAAGCUGAUAGGAAGAAGAUGUUUGAGACUUUUGCUGUGCCUGAACCAAGCAUGAAACGACAACAAAUAAGGGGAAAGAAGAUGACAUCAAGCCGUAGGCAUCAUCUGAAGAGUUUGAUGUUGCAGAUCGCUGCUAACUGGCUGGAGCAGGAAGCCAACGAAAUUGCAGCUGCCAAAGAAGCCUACAUGGCUGAGAAAUGUGCUGCUCCCGACCUGAGUGGAGACCAGGCAGCUCUGAUGGAAAUCUGCAAAAAAUUGCACCAGGCCCUCGACAAGAUUGAUGAGGACAGAUAUGAUGCCGAGGCCAAAGUGGAAAAGACAGACAAAGAGAUCGCAGAGCUGAAGCUGAAAGUGGUUGAGCUGGCUGGAGUGAAGAAACCAGCACUGAAGAAAGUGCGUAUGUCAGCGGACGCCAUGCUGCAGGCUCUGCUGGGAGGAAAGCACAAGGUGACCAUGGACCUGAGAGCCAACCUGAAGCAGGUCAAGAAGGAGGUCAAAGAGGAGGCUGCUGAGGGUGUCGGCGACUGGCGUAAGAACAUUGAGGACAAAGCUGACAGGAAGAAGAUGUUCGAGACUUCCUAAAGACUUCAAUGCCUC